AUGAUGAAGUUUCUCUUGAAGGUCUAUACAGGACUGCAGCCGGCGAGGGUAGAAGAGACACAAGUGACCCAGCAGCAGCAACAGCAACAGCAGCAGCAACAGCAGCAGCCACAGGGACUACACCAGCAUCCGCAGCAGCAGCAGCAGCAGCAGCAGCAGCAGCAGCAGCAGCAGGAAAAGCUUACCGAGGCACCAGCAGCAGCAAUAGCAGCAGCAGCAGCAGCAACAGCAGCAGCAGCACCAACAGCAACAGCAGCAGCAAUAGCAGCAGCAGCAACAGAAGCAGCAGCAACGGCAGCAGCAGCGACAGAAGCAGCAGCAACAGAAGCAGCAGCAACAGCAACAGCAACAGCAGCAGCAGCAGCAACAGCAGCAGCAGCAAAAGAGGAGACAGAAGAAAUACAACUGUGCAUGCAACAAUAUAUAAAGAAACUCGGGGGAAGAUAUAAAGAAAAGGAGACAGAAACAGAAAAGGAGACAGAGAGACAGAGACAGGCAAAAAGAGACAAAGAAAAGGAGACAAACAAACACAAUGAAGGAGACAAACAAAAGGAGACAGAAGACAACGGGAGACAAAAGAAGAAAACAAAAAAAAAGAAAAAAAAGGAAUAG